CUCUCGAUUGUGUGAGUUCAUAGCUAAUCAGCAGCAGUGCUGGGUCCAGAGAGGAGUCACAGCAUGGACCUUAGAUUCAGACUGCUGUCACCUCUCACCAGGGGAGCUCUUCAUCUCCUGCUGCUGGCCAGACUGGUGCUGCCUUCUCACUCAGAGAGCAUGCCCAGCUUCAUUAAGUCACCGGACGAUCAGACAGGUAUAUCAGGAGGAGUGGCAUCGUUCGUAUGCCAGGCAGUGGGUGAGCCAAAACCUCGCAUUACCUGGAUGAAGAAGGGGAAGAAAGUCAGCUCUCAGCGCUUUGAGGUCAUUGAGUUCGAUGAUGGUUCGGGUUCUGUGCUGCGUAUCCAGCCUUUGAGGACCCACCGUGAUGAGGCCAUCUAUGAAUGCACAGCUACCAAUAGUGUUGGAGAGAUCAACACCAGUGCCAAGCUUACUGUGUUAGAGGAGGACCAGAUCCCUCAUGGUUUCCCCACCAUAGACAUGGGGCCCCAGCUUAAGGUUGUGGAGAGAACGCGUACUGCUACGAUGCUGUGUGCAGCCAGUGGUAACCCUGACCCAGAGAUCUACUGGUUCAAAGACUUUCUACCUGUGGACAUCAGCAGCAGCAAUGGACGCAUUAAACAGCUGCGUUCAGGAGCACUUCAGAUUGAGAACAGUGAGGAGGCAGACCAGGGCAAGUACGAGUGUGUGGCAGUCAACAGCGCUGGGACUCGCUACUCUGCUCCAGCUAACCUUUAUGUUCGAGUUCGUCGUGUGCCUCCCCGUUUCUCCAUCCCUCCCACCAAUCAUGAUGUAAUGCCUGGAGGCAGUGUCAACCUGACCUGUGUGGCGGUCGGCGCUCCCAUGCCUUAUGUCAAGUGGAUGACCAGUGAGGUGGAGCUGACCCGAGAGGAGGAGAUGCCUAUUGGCCGCAAUGUCCUGGAGCUCACCAACAUCCAACAUUCUGCCAACUACACUUGCGUGGCCAUAUCCUCCCUGGGCAUGAUUGAGACCACGGCCCAGAUAACCGUCAAAGCUCUGCCAAAGCCACCUGCCUCCCUCAUUGUGACCGAAACUACAGCAACCAGUGUCACCCUGACCUGGGACUCUGGUAAUCCUGAAUCGGUGUCCUACUAUGUAAUUCAGUACCGCCCCAAACUGUCUGAAAACGGCUUCCAGGAAGUAGAUGGAGUAGCCACCACCCGAUACAGCAUCGGCGGCCUCAGCCCCUUUUCCGAAUAUGAAUUUCGCGUAAUGGCUGUCAACAACGUCGGCCGGGGGCCUCCCAGUGGUAUUGUGGACACUCGUACAAGUGAGCAAGCACCCUCAUCCCCUCCUCUUCACGUCCAGGCGCGCAUGCUGAGUUCCAGCACCAUGCUGGUUCAGUGGGAACCUCCAGAGGAGCCCAACGGCCAAAUACGGGGCUACAGGGUCUACUACAGCUCCACGCACAAUACCCCACUAAGCGCCUGGCAGAAACACAACACAGAUAACAACCAGCUCACCACCAUCUCAGGCCUGACCACAGAUAUCACAUACAGCCUGAGAGUACUGGGCUUUACCUCAGUGGGAGACGGACCUCCCUCUGAUGUUCUGCAGAUCAAGACCCAGCAGGGAGUUCCAGCUCAGCCGUCUGGGUUUGAGGCUGAAGCAGAACUGGAUUCACGCAUCAUGCUGUCAUGGCUUUGGCCAGUUCAGGAGCCCAUCAUUAGCUUUGAGCUGCUCUACUGGGAGGCCAACAACCCUACAGACAAGCAUCGCGUCACUUUCGAGCCCGCAGGUUUCUACGCAGUUGAUGGUCUGAAGCCGGACACAGUCUAUAUGUUUUCCCUGGCAGCACGAUCUGAGAUGGGUUUAGGAGUCUUUACUAGGCCAAUUGAGACCAGAACUGCCCAAUCCACCCCUUCAGCCCCUCCUCAGGAGGUACGCUCGCUCAGCCUCAGCUCCACAAGCAUCAAGGUGAGUUGGGAGGCAUCUCCCACAGACAGCCGCCAUGCGGAGAUAGUGCGCUACUCCCUAGCCUACCAAGCAGUAACAGGGGAAGACAUGGAGCGCCACCAGGUGUCAGGGAUUGGUGCCGAUGUCACCAGUUACGUGCUAGAGGGCCUGGAGAAGUGGACUGAGUAUAUGGUGUGGGUGAGGGCUCACACUGAAGUUGGGCCCAGCCCAGAGAGCCCAGCAUCCCACAUCAGAACCCAGGAGGAUGUGCCCGGAGCUCCUCCCAGGAAGCUGGAGGUGGACACCCUCAACUCCACUGCUCUCAGGGUGACCUGGAAGCCUCCCCUGUCUGUGAAGCAGCAUGGCCAGAUCAGAGGCUACCAGCUGGUCUACUCCAGGCUAGAGAACGGGGAGCCUCAUGGCCAGCCAGUCAUCGUGGACAUUUCACUCCCUGACGCACAGGAUACCAUUAUAACAGGUCUGCUGCCAGAGACGACCUACUCAUUGACUGUGGCUGCAUAUACCACUAAGGGUGAUGGAGCUCGCAGCAAGGCUAAGGUGGUCACCACCACAGGAGCAGUACCUGGUAAGCCCACCAUGAUGAUCAGCACCACUAUAGGGAACACAGCCUUGAUCCAGUGGCAGCCUCCUAAAGAGAUGGUUGGGGAGCAUGUGGGAUACCAGCUGCUGUACAAGAGAGUAGAGGAAGAAGCUUUCACCAUCAAAGACUUCAGAAAGAUAGAUGACCAUUUCACAGUCACCGGCCUCCACAAGGGUGCCACCUACAUCUUUAAACUGUGUGCCAAAAACCGAGCAGGCAAUGGGGAGGAAUAUGUGAAGGAGAUCAGCACCCCUGAAGACAUCCCCAGCAGCUACCCCCCAAAUCUGAGUGUGGUGGGACUGACCGCCACCUCCACCCAACUUGCCUGGGACCCCCCUCCUCUGUCCCAGAGGAAUGGGAAAAUUGUGAAGUACGUGGUGGUGUAUCGUGAUAUCAAUAUCCAGCACAAUAACACCAACAAUACCACAGAAACACUGAUGACCGUCCAAGGUUUGCAGCCUGACACAACCUACGACAUCAGAGUCCAAGCUUUUACGAGUAAGGGGGGAGGUCCCAUCAGCCCCAGCAUCCAGAGCAGGACCAUGUCCACCUCCAUGCCAGACCUUCCCCCAGUGUUCACCAAGAACUUUGGAGUGAAGGCUGUGACGAAAACCUCUGUGCUGCUGACCUGGGAAGUGCCAGAAACAUACACAUCUCAAGUGCCUCUCAAGAUAUUGUACAACCAGAAGAGUGUGGAGGUCCAGGGGAACCUUAAGAGGAAGCUGAUCACUCAGCUUCAACCAGAUACUGAUUACUCCUUUGUGCUGAUGAGUCGGGGGAACAGUGCCGGUGGUCUCCAACAGCAGGUGUCCAUCCACACAGCUCCCGACCUCCUGAGGGUGAAACCUGCUCUGUAUCAGCAUGAUGUGGAAGAGGGUGGGAGAGUGACCGUCAGUCUGCCCCGGGCCCCUGCUGGAGCCCCGAUCAGGUGGUACUACCUAGUGGUUGUCCCUGUCACCCCAGCUUCUCUGAGCAGAUGGGAGAGCCCAGAAGACAUGGACAUACAUGAGCUCCUGGAGGCUGGUGCUGACAGCAAACUGCAGAGAAAGAGAAGACAGAGCCAGGACUUCCUGCAACCCUACAUCACUGCCAAGCUGGACGUCCUGCCUGAGAUCUUCACUCUGGGUGAUGAGAAGAAAUACAAUGGCUACUACAACAAACCCCUCCCAGGCCAGCAGCAGUAUCGCUGCUUUGUCCUGGCUGACCUGACGGACCAUGAGUCUCAGAGGAUGUUUGCAGCGAGCCCGUUCUCCGAGCCCAUCAUGGUGAAGCUCCACAGUGGGAUGAGCCGACACACUGAGGACCCAGAGAUGCUGUGGGUGAUGGGUCCAGUCCUGGCUGUCAUUCUCAUCAUCAUCAUAGUCAUUGCUAUUCUACUCUUCAAAAGCAAACAAGAAAGGAAAAGAACGUCUCCAGCCAAGGAUGAGCACAUGGCAGGGGUCAAGGACUCACUGCUGGCCCAUUCCUCAGAUCCUGUGGAGAUGAGGAGGCUCAACUACCAAACACAAGGUUCCAGUGCCCUCAGUUGUUGUCCCAACACUCCAAGAAUGAGGGAACAUCCUCCCAUCCCUGUCUCUGACCUGGCAGACCACAUAGAGAGACUCAGGGCCAACGACGGACUGCGCUUCUCUCAGGAAUAUGAGUCUGUUGAUCCAGGACAGCAGUUCACCUGGGAGCACUCGAACCUGGAGGUCAACAAGCCAAAGAACCGCUAUGCAAAUGUGAUCGCUUAUGACCACUCCAGGGUCAUCCUCACACCUGUGGAUGGAGUUCCAGGUAGCGACUACGUUAAUGCCAAUUACAUUGAUGGCUACAGGAAGCAGAAUGCUUACAUCGCCACACAGGGUCCGCUGCCAGAGACACUGACUGAUUUCUGGAGGAUGGUGUGGGAGCAGAGAACCUGCACCAUUGUAAUGAUGACCCGUCUGGAAGAGAAGUCACGGGUGAAGUGUGACCAGUAUUGGCCCAGUCGAGGCACAGAGACAUAUGGGAUGAUUCGGGUGACCAUGUUGGACACUGUGGAGCUGGCUACCUACAGCGUACGCACAUUUGCCCUUUAUAAGAAUGGCUCAAGUGAGAAGAGAGACGUCAGACAGUUCCAGUUCAUGGCAUGGCCUGACCAUGGAGUGCCUGAGUAUCCCACUCCAACGCUGGCCUUUCUUCGCAGAGUCAGGGCCUGUAACCCUCCAGACGCUGGACCAAUGGUGGUUCACUGCAGUGCUGGUGUCGGGCGGACAGGCUGCCUCAUUGUGAUUGAAGCCAUGCUGGAGAGGAUGAAACAUGAGAAGUCCGUGGACAUUUAUGGUCAUGUAACGUGUAUGCGAGCUCAGAGGAACUACAUGGUGCAGACAGAGGAGCAGUACAUAUUCAUCCACGAGGCCCUGCUAGAGGCUGCAAUAUGUGGCAAUACAGAAGUCCCUGCACGCAGCCUCUAUGCCCACAUCCAGAAGCUCACCCACACCCCCCCUGGAGAGACCGUCACCACCAUGGAACUGGAGUUCAAGAAACUGGCCAACUCAAAAGCACAUACCUCAAGAUUCAUCAGUGCCAACCUACCGUGUAACAAGUUCAAGACCCGCCUGGUGAACAUCAUGCCUUUUGAGUCCACCCGCGUCUGCCUACAGCCAAUAAGAGGGGUGGAGGGCUCAGACUACAUCAACGCCAGCUUCAUCGAUGGAUACAAGCAGCAGAAAGCAUACAUGGCCACCCAGGGCCCGUUAGCUGAGACCACAGAGGACUUUUGGAGAAUGUUGUGGGAACACAACUCCACCAUUGUAGUGAUGCUCACCAAGCUCCGUGAGAUGGGACGGGAAAAGUGCCAUCAGUACUGGCCUGCUGAGCGUUCUGCGCGCUACCAGUACUUUGUUGUGGACCCCAUGGCUGAGUACAACAUGCCUCAGUACAUCCUGAGAGAGUUCAAAGUCACAGACGCCAGGGAUGGGCAGUCGAGGACCAUCAGACAGUUCCAGUUCACUGACUGGCCAGAGCAAGGAGUGCCAAAAACUGGGGAGGGAUUCAUUGACUUUAUAGGCCAGGUCCAUAAAACUAAGGAGCAGUUUGGACAAGACGGACCAAUUACUGUUCACUGCAGUGCUGGUGUUGGGCGGACCGGUGUGUUCAUCACCCUGAGCAUCAUCCUGGAGAGAAUGAGGUACGAGGGAGUGGUCGACCUCUUCCAGACUGUCAAGAUGCUCCGCACUCAGAGGCCAGCCAUGGUGCAGACAGAGGACCAGUACCAGCUGUGCUACCGGGCUGCUCUGGAGUAUCUGGGAAGCUUUGAUCACUAUGCAACAUAACCCCACCCAGAAGGAACUGGUGUCUCCUCUGAGCCAUAUUCACAUCAGUCCCUUUGGCCUGAUGUGGAGGUUACAGAGGACUGUGUGUGUGUGUGUGUGUGUGUGUGUGUGUGUGUGUGUGUGUGUGUGUGUGUGUGUGUGUGUGUGUGUGUGUGUGUGUGUGUGUGUGUGUGUGUGUGUGUGUGUGUGUGUGUGUGUGUGUGUGGGCAUGAAACAGGGGAGGAGAAGAGAGGGAGCUGGACAACCCCCCCUGGACUGGUACCAUGAUUCUGCCACAGACCCAACACCAAAACCUCUCAGAAUCCAACCCUGAAUGACUUUUAUCCAUGCCUCAUUCUCCUAUCACUUCCUGAUAUCUGCCUCUUCCCAAUAGCAAAAAUAUUUUUCUGCUAUUAUCAUUUAUAUUCACUAUUACUAUGUUGUUAUUAAUAUUUAGAAAUUAUUUUGUAAUCACUUACACUGGUUAUUAUAUGUCUUAAUCUUUUUAUUAUUUUUGUUAGCACUAAGAACAUGUAUUUUCAAGAUGCUCAAAGUUAUUAACACUGGAGAGCGUAUACUCACAGCUGCUAACGAUUUUAUUUUCUACCAUAGAUAUGAUAGUCUAAUGUUAUCAUUACUCCAUUGGCCCUGUUCAGAGGAAAAUGUGUCUUUGAAUUCCUGUCUUCACGUCACAUCUAUGAUGAUGGGGAUAAUUUGUCAUAAACUCUUGACGAUUCACAGCUGAACAACUGCUGGUAGAAAUAUUCGAAUGACUUUCUCAGCUGUCUGAGAUCUGGAGAAAAUAGAAAUGUGAAGCUGUGGCACAGCCCUUUUGUGAAAACAAAAGGGGUUAGGUUGACUUGACUCACUCUUCUUUGUGAGUCUUUGAGAAAAACGUGACACGUUGCAUGAAAAACAGGAAUUCCCAACACCUCAAUUUAUGACAAGAUGUUUUCUUAUGAGAACAUUCAGUCACCAUUCAAGGCUAAAUCUAAAUCACUGUGUUUUAGAUGCUAAACCUUGAUACAUAAGGCUGACUCCAUUCUACAUAUAUUUUCAUUUUUGUCAACUAAUCCUAAAACACAACCAUCAGUGUCGAUCACCCCAACUUUCUGACGUCGAAAAUGCUUUCUGUGGCUCUCUGCGCCAAGCUAUUCCUAUUGGGAAAAUAUAUUUUUAAAUUCUAUAUAGAGUUCAGUAAUUUGCUGUAAAAGCUUGACAUGGUUGAGAGAACAAUUCAUUUGUUGGAGACUAUUUUCAAAAGCAAAGUAAUUCACAUUUGGUGCUGUAGUGAAUAUUUGAGGCUGCAGGGUGGGUAAUGAUGAGUGUGUUCAGUGUGUGUUCAUGGUAAUGAAAAACAUCUCACCCAAUGCUAUAGUGUGUCUCACUAAUAGUUUUUGGAAACAAUGAGUGACAUUUUUCACCAGUUCACUGUUGGUUUGAGUCAGGACUUGUUGACACAUUCAGAAUAUCAUCCAAAUUUUCCUUAAAACAAAUCCCCAAUUUUGUUCGAAAAGAUUGAUGCCGCGAAUCUGAGAAUGUCCAUGUUUUUAAAACCAUUCCAGUUCUCAAAUACAAAGUAUUAACAGUGAGUUUAGAAUAAAUGAACAAUUCAGCAUCACUAUUAGGUCAUAUGAAAAUCUCACAAUUUAAGUAUGAAGGUCAAACUCAGCAAUAAUCACAAUUAUCUCAGCCAAACUGAUUUUUAUGGUUAGAAAACACUGUUUUACUAACAUGCAGUCAGAUUUUCUGGGCUUGUAAUCAGUUCACAAAAUGUCCAGAUAUUGUGUUACAGUUGAAAUAUACAUUUCAUGUUAUAUUACAGCUCUAUUUUAUCACUGUGUUGCAGAAAGACAAACAACUAACUUAAUUGGUGGAUCUCUGGCUUUACUGGAUGAGAUGACAAAGUCAGAUGGUUUUGGAUGAAGUGAAGUCAUACAGAGGUCCUAUCUGUUGUGUACAUGAUCUGUUUUCUAUUUGUUAAUAAAAAGCAGAAAAAUGUCCUGAAAAUGUUGUUAAUAAAGUUGAAUAACUGGGUUUGUAAUAUAAA